GGCCACCAGAAUAGACCUCUCGCCUUCCCGCUUCUUCCCCAACACUUUCUCCCCCGACACGAGCCUCCGAUUCUCCCUUGCGCUCAUGGCUCCUCUCUCGAGGCCGACGGGCUCGGGCGCCCCGACCGGGUUCACCUCCGUCAAUCCUUCCCAACCACCCAACGAUGCGGAAGUCAUUGAGAUUGAGGAUGACGACGACGAUGAACCGAUGGAUGAUGAGGGCGAUGAGCUGGAGCCGAAUGAUGAUGAGGAUAUGGAAGAUGACUACGUUGAGGACGACGGCGAGGAGGAAUCGGAGAAUGAGUCCGCUGAAGAACGGAAUCGCAGCGAAUCACCCCUCGACCUGGGUCUCGCUCCGAAUGGGCACAGUGUUCUAGAUGUCACGACUCCGGACCUUUUUACUUCGGCGGGCGCGCAGGAAGCGUUGCACCCCCUUCGCCGCACCGCGGAUCGAGUGACGCGUCAGAUCGAGGCAUUUGCGGAGAAAUUGGAUCGUUUCAAACAGCAGGGAAAUCGCUCGGAUGACUUCGGGAACUACCAAGCUGCCUACCAAUUGGUGAAGAGCUACCAGACUCUCGCGCAAGACGCCAUCAGCGACAUCUCGAAGCAGAACACCUUGAAACGCGCCAAACUAGGAUUCAAUGCCUCUCGAAGCAACGGACCUGCGUCGUUCGAUCCCAAGACCGAAGAGGAGCUCCAGCGACUGCAAUUGGAGGCCGACACUUGGCGCCUUCUCCUCAACCUCAUCAGCAUCGACGACCCGCCCCACAAAGCCCAUUGCAAGAAGGCGCAGGAGACGGUCUUCCAGAACCUACACCGGUACUCUUCCGACAGCGAAGUGUGGGAACAAUUCUUAUCAGCGGACCACUACGCGGCGGAAUGCGUCAUCAUCCUCAAGUGGCUGGAACAGACGGCAAAGUCUGGCGGCAAGGACAUGGACGCCCUGAUCAAUGAGUUGGAGACGCAGUCUGAGAGAGGUCAGGGGAUGUGGACUCAUGGCUGGCUGUAUACCAAGGAGGCCAUCAAAGGACAGAAACGACUGCGCGCUUGGCCUCAGCCGCUCGAGCCCAACGACCCCGGAAUUACCGCUUCGCUGAGCUCCGACACGGAUCCUCUAGUUACUCAGUUGGAUCCCGAUGCUGUGACGCGACAGAAGCGAACCCUACAGAAACAGGACCAAUUUUACGAGCGCGCCACCUGGAUGACCUGCUGGAAGAUGCUUAGACACGGGGAGGAUUGGUCCAAGAUCCGGGAGUGGUGCACUGAGCGGCUGGAGAAUUGGCGAGCGGUCAGCAUCUGUGGCUCGAGUGUGGACGUCAAAUCCCACACAGGCAAGACGCCCGUUGAUGAUGGACACACGCGCAUGAUGAACUGGCGUACCCAGGAAUCCUGGCGAGCCGCCUGCGCGGCCCUGACGCACAACCCCCACACCGAAGAUUUUGAGCGGGCUGUCUAUUCAUUGCUCUGCGGUGAGACUGAAGCGGCCUUCAAGGUCUGUCAGACCUGGGACGACUACCUCUAUGUAUACUUCAACAACGUCCUCAUCACCCGCUACCAAGGCUUCUGCAAACAAUUCCAGCGCAAGCUCAGCCAUUCGCCUACGGCGCCCGUCGCCUUCGUGCCGGAACCAGCUGGAUACGCUGACGUGAAUAAGUUUGUGCAGUACACCAAGGGCAAUGAUCGCGUCGGGGGCGAGGCGCGGAACCCAUACCGCACAAUCCAGGCCACCAUCAUAGGCAAAUCAUACGACUCAUUUUUCUGGGCUCUCGCCAAGGCGGUGUCUCAGGUCGCGAACAACAAGCCGGACACCUCAAAUUUCGUACCCGAUGUAUCGCCUAGCACCCAGGUUGACGACAACCUUGUGAUCGCGGCGGAAGAUGGCGAUGCGUUGAGAAUUGCAACCCAUCUCUACAUCAUUGCCUGCUCCACCGGAUACGUCCGCUCCGAUACCCAGUUCUACAAUACCGCCUGUGUGAAUGUGGUUGGAUACAUUGCCAACUUGGAGGAAGUCGGCGUUGUUGACAUCGUCCCUCUUUACGCAUCACUCCUCCCUGAAAACCUGGCGCACUCCGUCCUGGCCCAGGUGUUAAUUGAGAUCGUUGAUUCCAGGGAAAGAAAGCUACUGAUCAGGCUCAUGGAGAAACAUGAAAUUGACGUUGAGGCUGUCCUGCAAGCCCAGUGGAAUUGGGUGAGCGAGAAUGUCUCCGCCAUUGACACUUCGAGGACGAUUAAACGGUACCCUAAGGUGGUGAUCCGUGGGGAUGGCAACCGAGAAUUAAUGCCAGUGAGGAAGGAUUUCAUUGGGACUGAAAUAUCCGGGGCCGACGAACAUGUCAUCCGUAGCCUGGAGUGGCUUCGUUAUGUGGAUGGGCAGUGGGGUCGCAUCUGUCAACUCGGGACUUUGUUGUACCGAAAGUUCUAUCUUUCUGGUAAACUCUCCGCAGCGCGGGAGUUGAGUCGUCGCAUGAGAUUGGCCGACCUUUCGCAAGAGGCGUUCGGAUUUGAUAUCUCAGAGUUCACACUCGACAUUGAGGCUGUGCCGCCGGAGAACUACCCUUCCGAACCUGCCAGCCCCAGUAAAACGAAGUUGUUCAGCUCUCCACACAAACGGUCUCGGUCGAGGACAAGCGUCUCGUCGGCCCAGACGAACCUCUUGAUCCUGCAAUCGCAGACCAUGCGCGACCUGGAAGUGUUGAUCUUGGCGUUUGAUUCGCUGGAAAACUUUGCCGUGCUGUUUGAGAAACUCGAAAAGACUAAGCGCAGACGGGACUCUGGCACCAUCAAGGAUCUGAGGGUGGAAUUACAGGGAGCGCUGGAUGAGACUAGUCUUCAUAUCGAUGCCAUGCUCGACGAAUGGCUAGUCAGCAGUGAGAAUGAAACCGAACGGGCCGAACUGGACGAGAUUCGGAACACGUAUCUUCCGGAGCUGUUCCUCGAGUACCAUAGCGCGAUGUACUUCUCUGCGCAUGUGAUCUCCAGCGAGCUCCUCGUGCAGUGCAUGAACCUCGCGACACAGGUGUCCGAGGUCGAGCAUCUCACAAGCAGCUUCGUUGCGUCGCGCCGCAUGAGGGAGCUGAUGGAUGCGCUGGCCAUCUCCAGCAAAGCCAUGGUGAACACCCAAGCGAAGCCCGGCGUGCGGCUACUGGGGGGUGAGUCGCUGGGAAUCUGGACCGUUCCAGCGCCCGACGAGGAGCAGGACGGAGAUACCCCGGCGCAAUGAGUGUAUUCUGACGGUGGACCGGCGUGUAUAUUACCUUCGAAUUUUCUCAUACUAUUUCCAACGAAUCUCUCCGAGCCUGCAGGAUGGUGGGUAUUUUGUUUGCAUGUUGGACAGGCUCGAGGGGUGGAUCAUUGCAGGCGCGGUUCUAGGAUGAUUGAUUUGGCUCGAUAUGAAAUGAGCUGGCCAUAUUAUUGUGCAACAAGACGUACAGUAUGUGCAGUACCUACUUGGCUACCUUAAUACAGAGUAAAGGGAGUAGAC